UACGUGACGACCACGACCUGCUAUAUAAACUUUUGACGCUGCGCCGUGCUCCCUAACGGACUGCAGAAAUUAGGCGUCUUUUCUUUCCUCUAAUCACCACCACCACCAUAUAAACUUCGUGGUGACGACCUUUUUUAUGGCUGGCCGGGUUGACAAACUUUCCGGGCUGAGGCAAACUGGAAAAUGAACAGUGCAGUUCUGCAGCAACAUUUCAACGCGCCGUCUUUUCGCACAUGGCGGCUGUUGCGUUGAUCAAUGCUUCGACGAUCGCGAAGUAUGUGAUGAGCCUCCGCUCGUAGGAUUUACUGUUCCUGUGUCCUUUCACAAGGUGUUGUUUACUCAAACUACCCUUCGUAUCUGAGAGAAUCUGUCAAGAUGCCGGGUGGCAAACGAAAGAAGUUCAUCGACAAAAAGAACGCCGUUACCUUUCAACUGGUCCAUCGGAGCCAGAAGGAUCCCCUCCAGGCGGACGAAACAGCUCCCAAGCAUGUCCUGCUUGAAAAACGGACCGGGCGACCCUUCACGGGAGACGACAGGCCGGGCCACGUCCCAGUUUCUGACGAGAAGAGGAAAGAAGAACAGCGUAAAUACGGUAUAUACUUUGACGACGACUACAACUACCUGCGACACCUCAAGGACGUCAACACUGUGGCAGACUGGGAGCCGGUCAUCCAUAGGGUGCGCAUCCCGGCUGGACAGAGCGGUGACGAAAAGGCCAAGAAGGAGAUCAGACUACCUUCAUCAGUCUUUCAAUCAACCAUUGAAGAGAAGGAAGGUCUAUUGAACAAAGCAGUGCCCCAAGUUGGACCAAGGCCAGACUGGGACCCAGACGUUGUGGCAGCCUUGGAUGACGAUUUUGAUUUUGAAGAUGAUGAAAAUAUCCUGGAAGAUGAUUUCAUACAGCUUGCCGAAGGACCCGUAGAUGCUACCGACGUUGAUGGCGAAGAGAGUGACAGUUGUGAUGACGAGGACGAUGAUUUUGAAACAGAUGAAGGCAGUGAAGAGCGCUUCUCUUUCGCUGAAGAAGAGACACGGUCAAGGUUUACGAGCUACUCAAUGUCUUCGUCCGUGAUACGAAGAACCGAAGGCCUCAAGACUCUCGACGAACGAUUUGAAGAGAUGUUCAAGCAGUACGACGACCUGGAAGUUGGAGCUCUGGACGGUGAGGAGAUAGAAGGAUACGUACAACCCGACAGCGAGAUAAUGAAGGCUCUAGUGGAGGACUUCCAACUAAUGAAACAACUUCCGACGCUCAAAGAGGUAACUUUAGAUAAAGGGAGUGCUAGGAGUGCUGUGACCAUGGCUGCCAUCGAAGAGGAAGAUGAUGAAAUGGUGGACUUGCAAAUCGACACCGCCGCACCCAAGGAACGCUGGGACUGCGAGUCUAUCAUAAGUACCUAUUCGAACCUCUACAAUCACCCGAAACUCAUCACAGAGCCAAAAAAGGAAAAAGUAAAGGUGUCGGCCAGAACGGGCAUUCCCAUUAUAGAAAAGGGUGGCUUGAGCCGUCAGGGGCUCAGGCAGUUGGACCGCAAAUUUGAAGGUGAUUCGGAUGAAGAAACGCGGUCGCGAAUGUCGGUGGCAUCUAGCAUCCGCCCGAAGGAUGAGACGCCGGAACAGCGCAAGGAGCGAAAGGCCGCCGUGCGUGCUAUGCGACGCGAACGCAGGGCCGAAAAGAAGGCCAACUCGGAAGCCUUCAAGGCCGAAAAGUUGAGACAGGAGAAGGCAAUGGCCAACGUUCGCCAGAACCUCAAUUCUAUGCGGCUUUAUUAAACUGUCAAAUAGAGACCUAUAAUUUUUGUACAGAAAAAAGCAGCUUUGCUCAUGUGCAAGUCUCGUAAUAAAACUCCUUUUUUUUCAGCCUCUGCA